UCCCUACGAGCAAAAAAAAAUGAUGGGGCUUAAGAAUAUCAUUUUGGCAAUAUUUAUAAUUGCCAUAACCAUCAUCGUACUGAUUUCUACACUAUCCGUUAGCAACAACCAAAAAGAAACGCAUAUGCAUAGGCAAACGCUUCUGUCGAAAGAACCUCAUAGGGUGAGUCGUUUCCUAGCACAAAACGCGAAGAAUGGUCGCAACGCUAACGCUGCGGAUCACUGCAACAAGAACGAGGAGAUAUGCAAGAGUCAAGGAUCGGCCAACUCCACAAUGGCUUGUUGUAGCAAUAAGUGUCUUGAUGUGGCGUACGAUAACGAUAAUUGUGGCGCAUGUAAGAACCAAUGCAAGUUCACUCAGACUUGUUGUGGAGGAGAGUGCGUCUACUUGGCUUAUGAUAAGAGGCAUUGUGGAGAGUGUAACCAUCGCUGUUUGGUUGGUGACUUUUGUGUCUAUGGGUUGUGUAAUUACGCUUGA